UUUUUAUUUAGCCUAUGGUUAAUUAGGGCAAACUAUUUAAACUCUUAUUCCGGGAUUUGAAACUUGUUAGAAAUUUCAAAAAUAUUAUUGUGUUUUUUUUAGGAUUAAGGCAGGGCUCUUCGGGUAUUAAAAUCUGCUAAUGUAAUCCUAUCUGAAGAUACAAGGCAUUCUCGGAAAUUACUUCACCAUUAUAUUAUCCGUACUCCACUGAUUUGCAGCUGAGUUAUCAUAAAUUUAAUGUGUCUCAAAGAGAACAGACGGUGUUAAGGAGGAUGAAACAGGGCGAGGUUGUAGUGCUGCUGAUCAGCGACGCAGGGACACCUGGCAUUGGGGGUCCUGAUGCAGAAUUGCUGUGCAUGGAUGAAAAUAUUCCGGUUACCCCAAUUCCGGGACCUUGUGGUGUUGUUUCCGCGCUUUCUGCUUCAGGCUUGGCUACUAAUGAGUAUACAUUCGUUGGAUUUCUUCCUAGGCAUGGUCCAUCCAGGAAAGAGAGGCUGAUGGCUUCUGCAAAUGAAGCAAGAACACAAAUAUUCUAUGUUCUUCCACACAAGUUUUCUCAGUCUCUCAAAGAAUUUUCAUCGCUUUUUGGUGUGUCGAGUCGAAUCGGUGGCUGAAGGAACGACUGUGAAGACAGAAAACAAUAUAUUCGCUGGCAUUGAAGAAAUUUGGAAAGCAACUUGAAGCUGAUGAUAAUUAAUUUAGUUCAUGUAACUUGCAUUGAAGGAAUUUUUUCAUCGCCUUAUUCGCUUUUUGAGUAGGGAUGCCAGUUCUAAUCCACUUCUGCAUUCUCCCCUUGCUUCCAGAAGUCAGCAAGUGUACAAUUAUUGAAGCAAAUCGAAGAAAAUGUUUUUUCCUCUAAGAAGUUGAGAGCGGGCAAGGUGAACCACCCAGAGGUUACUGCCGGCAUGCUAUUAAGGUCCCAGGGCAAGUCCUUUUUAGCCGAGAGGAAUGAGGAAGCGGUGAACAAGAACUUAAACAUGAUGGCGCUCCCUCCAUAUUGGCCAACUUUUGAGCGAGAUUUCUUACUUAUAUCGGGUUUUUGUUUACCUGCUAGCCUGUCUUGUAUCAUGGAAUCGCUUUCAUUGUUUACUAGGCUUCGUUUUGGUGGUAGAUGGUAUGCCUUUUAUGGGUUCACUACCAGCAUGUUUUUUUUUUAUACACUUCAUUGUAUAAAACUUGACCGAUUGAUCACCAAGUUGAAUGGAUCUGAUCUCGUGGGAUAAUAGCCCAUCAGUA